UCUCUAAGUUAAGUGAACAACCCUAAUCAGCUGCCUCGCAAUUCGGGCUAAAACUCUUAGAAUUCAAUACGUGGCUCCGUUUAUCACGCACAAAUUUGGAGAAGUGAUGUCUGCUGACAGGUAGCAGGUGCACCUGUUCAAUUACACUAUCCAUUUAAAUAGCCCCACGAUGUGGACUUGUCUGUGUCAGCUGUGUUUCUAUCUGCUCUCUGCGAUUGCAGUUGCGGCCUUGUCGAUUGUGGCUUUUGUGCUCUACAAGACGAAGCCCUAUCCCAAUAUCAAGAGGCACAAGGAUGAGGAGACAUUCCUGGACCCGCACAGCAUCAAAACAGUGGCUUUUCCCAGCCUCGAGGAUUCCCCAAGUUUGGAGCUCAGUGUCAUUGUGCCAGCUUACAAUGAGGAGCAGCGAUUGCCUGCCAUGUUGGACGAGUGUUUGGCCUUCCUGGAGCAAAAAUCUGGAGGUAAUCCCAGCUUCACAUACGAGGUGAUUGUGGUGAGUGAUGGCAGCCAGGAUGCCACAGUUCCAGUGGCACUGGGAUACUCGAAAAAGCACGGUGCAGAGAAGGUUCGUGUUCUGGAACUCAUCGAAAAUCGGGGAAAAGGAGGAGCCGUUCGCAUGGGCAUGCUGAGCGCACGAGGUCGUAAUCUACUCUUCGCCGAUGCAGAUGGAGCCACCAAGUUCCCCGACUAUGACAAACUGGAGGUGGCCUUGAAGCAAUUGUCACCGGAGUGGCGAGACGAUGGUAUUGCCAUAGGAUCAAGGGCUCACCUGGAAAACGAUGCGAUCGCCACGAGGAGUUUUUUUAGAACCAUUUUGAUGCACGGCUUCCAUUUCCUUGUCUGGCUUUUUGCCGUGCGUUCCAUCCGCGAUACCCAGUGUGGCUUCAAGUUAUUCACCCGAACAACGGCCAGAAAACUCUUCACCAGUCUUCAUGUGGAACGCUGGGCCUUCGAUGUGGAGCUGCUUUACUUGGCCGAGAGUUUAAAGGUGCCCAUGUCCGAGGUGGCCGUUCGAUGGACCGAAAUCGAUGGCUCCAAAUUGACACCGUUCUGGUCGUGGCUACAAAUGGGCAGGGAUCUGCUCAUGAUUUGGCUGCGCUAUCUGGUGGGCGCUUGGAGAAUUGCCUCCAUUCAGAAGAAGGAGAACUGAAGUGGAGGUGGAGGGGAUCUCAGUCCCAAUAUUAACUAGCAUUUUAUGUCGAAACUGCUUCGCUGUCGUGCAUUACCAAAACUCUUUAUAACUCUCAACUCUAUUUUUGUAGGCAUGUUAAAGUGUAAUGAAUACUAACUAGUUAAGUACUUAAGUACAGUAUUUUUUCAAAUAAAAAAAGACUUCUUUGGGCAACGAAGCUGCGAAUAA